AUGUUAUCCAAUUCCGACAUCGCAGAUCUAAGCAGCAUCUUUUAUCUCGGCUCCGGCCCUAGCGAGAAUCCCAUGUUCCACUACGUGCUCCCUCUUAUAUCCACCAUUCCCCCAAUUCGCUUCGCUCUCGCUGGUUCAGCAUCAUGUCACGUCGCAGCUCGAACCUCAGACGAAGCGCUUGAGCGAAAGAGUCUACGGUUGAGAGUUCAUGCUACAUGUUUGUUACGAGAGAUGUUGGAGAAUCCGGGUAGUGUAAACGAUCAGAGUGUUUUGGCCAGUAUUCUUAUGCUUGCGCAACUUGAUAGGCCGCCAAACCUGAUAAUCGCUGAGGUCAAGAGGAUUAUCAGUCGCCUUUCGAGUAACGGGCAGCGACAAUGGAGUUACGAUGUGUUCCCCUGUCCAAUCGAUCUCUUCGAGAUCAUCACCGAAGUUGUUUUCCUAUUCAAAAGUCUGCCUGAGGAGUCAAAGCUGCAAAUUAAAGAUUUAGAAACACGACUGAACGAGUGGAAGCCUCCGCUCAUGACUGGCGCACGAAAGCACAUGGUCGAAAUCUGGAAGCUGGGCAUCAAAGCCUACCUCCAUCGUCUCUUCCCUGACACCGAAAGCAAAGAGUCUUUGUCUGAUCAAGUCUUGGGUCUUGCGGAAGUCAUACCGCCAGCAUCAUCAUGGAGCUAUGCCUUGCUAUGGCCCAUUUUCCAAGUUGCAGUGACUUGGGGCGAUGGGGACGUUAAGGAAAAGAAUAUGAUCCGGCACCGUCUCAGUAUUGCACUUGAGACUAUUGGGUGCCGACACCAUAGUAAUGCGCUUGAGGUGUUGGAAGUUGUUUGGGCAAAAAGAGAAGAGUUCGAUCGUUUUAGCAUCAGUAUACCUGGUAGGACUAUCAUGCUAGUUUGA